CACACACACACACACACACACACACACACACACACAGGCCUCAUUUUCUGCUUGUAAAAUGUGUGUGUGUGUGUUCUUUAAAAGGCAGUGGUUGGCUGGUUUUCCGGACAUGAUGUGGUUGAAGCUGUCAUCGUAAUGGAAAUUCAUUGCUGUAGCUAUGGUAAAUCGAGUUUUCUGCCUGUGCUGAAUGCAUUAGUCUAAUGAGAUGUUUGCAGCUGGAGAGCGGAGCUGCUGGAGAUGUACGGUGUGCUAACGGACAGGGGGAAAAUGGCUUGUGGAACGGUCUGCGUGCACGUGCUCCAGGUCCUCUACUCUCUGGGCCAAAAUAUGUGGUGUCUGUAAAGAAGCUGAUCCAUCAUUAAAACAUAAGCAAUAGCAGCAGAUUUGCUGGCCUGCUGAGCAAAGCACUUCUGCCUGUUGGAUAUUGAAGGCACUGUGCCCUUAUGAAGCUCCUUUACUUAUGAAUCAUUUGUCAUCACUGCCUCCAAGACUGGAUACUGUGGACAUGCAGUCUCCCAGAAUACCAGGUCGAAAAAGAGGAAGACCCCCGCUCCAUUCGACGCCUAUGAAAAUGGCUGUUCAUAACCUCUAUUCUGCACCAGCUGGUUCUCUGCCUGUUGUGAAGAUUCCAAAGAAGCGAGGGAGGAAACCUGGAUACAAGCUGAAAUCUCGUGUUCUAAUGACCCCUUUAGCAAUUUCCCCACCAAGAAGCACCCCGGAACCUGAUAUUAGUUCAAUCCCACAGGAUGCAGCUACAAUCCCCAACUCAGCGGCCCCACAAGCCCUAACAGUCUGCAUUUAUGUCAACAAGCAAGCAAAUGUGGGGCCAUACCUUGAACGAAAGAAAGUGCAGCAACUUCCAGACCACUUUGGACCUGAGCGGCCUUCGAUGGUGCUACAGCAGGCAGUUCAGGCAUGCAUUGACUGUGCACACCAGCAAAAGACUGUCUUCUCACUUGUCAAGCAGGGCUACGGAGGUGAAAUGGUGUCAGUUUCUGCUUCUUUUGAUGGGAAACAGCACCUCUUGAGCCUGCCAGUGGUGAACAGCAUUGGUUAUGUUUUGCGGUUCCUCAAAAAGCUUUGCCGUAGCUUAUUGUGUGACAAUCUUUUCAGCAACCAGCCUUUCCCACAAUACAACACUUCUGAAAACCCUGAAGAAUAUGAAAAUGGACGGAUGGAAUCAGAAACAGUCAUACCUGAAGACUACCUGGUUGAUCCAGUGAACACAAAGCAUUACAGCGUAGACCCCUCUGAUUCUGCCUUUAAUUGUAUGGGAUCCGUGUACUCUAUGAGGCAGAGUUCUGGCGAUGGACGUCACGGUGGUGGGUCAUCUUCCUCUUGCAGUCAUCGCUCUGGCCAGAUGGCCUCUGGAGGACCAUCAGCUGCAGCUCUGAGGCAUCAGACAUCAAGCCCAACCAGAAAUGGAACCUACAUGGAAGGAAACAGAAGUGCCUCAAGUCCUUCACCAGAAAGGCAAGAUGCAGCUCGGCCCAUAAGCAAGAAUCCUUUGACCUGGACCGUUGAUGAUGUGGUUUGGUUUGUAAAAGAUGCUGACCCUCAUGCUUUGGGACCCCACGUGGAGCUCUUCAGAAAACACGAGAUUGACGGCAAUGCUUUGUUGCUACUGAAAAGCGACAUGAUCAUGAAAUAUUUGGGCCUGAAGCUGGGACCGGCACUGAAACUCUGUUACCACAUCGAUAAACUGAAGCAAGCCAAGUUCUGACAUUUCCUAAAAACACCAAACAAUCCCAAUGUAACUUGAGAAAGUAGGAGAAAGGUAAUGUGUUGCCUUACAGAAAGAUAUCCGUUUUUCCAGCUGUCUCCCCCUCUUUUUGUACUGAGAACUUUCUACAAGUGUACAUCUUCACAUUUUUUUAAUCCAAUGCAAAGUGUGGUGGGGAGCGGAAUCUGUCUUGCUGGUUUGUGUUAAUAAUUUUCCAAAAAAGAAUAUAAUGAUAAUUAUUUUGUAUUAUUCAUAUGGUUAUUAUUGUUAAUAUUAUUGUUGUUGUCCUGUUUUUGUAUCACAUAUGGAAAAUCAGAAACAAAAAGACCAUUCAAGCUGGAUGCAGAAGAAAGGUCACUGCUAAACAACUCAAGUCAACUGGUUGGUUGCAAGCUCCAUGUUGCUUGACUCAAUGCCUCGAUGUGGCAUCAC